AUGUGGAAGCAACAUGAGACAUACUAUGACCUGUUGGCUACUGUUUGGAAUAGUCAUGGUCAAGGACCUAUUAUUCAACAAGUACUAAACAUAUUGAAGAAGCUGAAGUUGGCGCUCAAAUCUCUUAACCGUGAGGAAUUUUCAGACAUAUCUGGCCGGAUUAAACAGUCUGAGCAGGAUAUGAAAGAGAAGCAGAUAAAUGCAUUGCGAGAUCCUUUUGAGGAGUCAUUUGAGGCCAUGAAGCAAUCUGCAACUAUUUACCAGAGAUACAAGUGCGCUGAGGAAAGUUUUUAUUGGUAG